AUGUUAAACUCUACAUCGAAGCAUAUUCUGCAUUGCGCACUGUUGUUCGGGCUGUUGGUGGUGUUCGAGAUUUUUUCCGGGGGCAUUAAGGUGAACCAAAACUCGUUUGUCGUCGUGGACCCGUGGGAUGAAUACGGAAUGUUGCCCACUAUCGUGUUGUAUCUUCUGCGGUUACUCACCUUCCUGACGCUGCCACAGGUCCUGUUUAAUUUCUUUGGACUCGUCAUAUACAACGCCUUUCCGGAAAAGGUGAUUCUGAAAGGGUCACCCCUGCUCGCACCUUUCAUCUGCAUUCGCAUCGUCACACGCGGAGAUUACUCGGAGCUUGUGAAAACGAACGUAUUGCGUAACAUGAAUACCUGCCUUGAUACCGGGCUGGAAAACUUCUUGAUCGAGGUGGUCACCGACAAGUCAAUUGGGCUAGCAAAACACCGGCGCACACGCGAGAUCGUUGUGCCAAAAGAAUACAAGACGAAGACCGGAGCGAUGUUCAAAGCGCGCGCCCUUCAGUACUGCCUCGAAGACAACGUAAACGUUCUUAACAAUAACGAUUGGGUGGUGCAUCUGGAUGAAGAAACGCUUCUUACCGAGAACAGCGUUCGUGGCAUCAUCAACUUUGUGCUAGACGGCAAGCACCCUUUUGGACAGGGUUUGAUCACGUAUGCAAACGAGAACGUGGUUAACUGGCUAACGACGCUUGCGGAUAGUUUUCGGGUAUCGGACGAUAUGGGAAAAUUGCGAUUGCAGUUCAAAAUGUUCCAUAAACCGUUUUUCAGCUGGAAGGGCAGCUACGUGGUAACACAGGUGCACGCGGAAAAAGCUGUAUCGUUCGACAACGGCAUCGAUGGUUCGGUAGCAGAAGACUGCUUCUUUGCAAUGCGUGCCUAUGCACAAGGCUACUCAUUUAAUUUUAUCGAAGGCGAGAUGUAUGAGAAGUCUCCAUUCACACUGACGGAUUUUCUGCAACAGCGCAAACGCUGGUUGCAGGGCAUUUUACUAGUCGUUCGUUCUACGGCGAUUCCGCUGCGCAACAAAAUUUUGCUUGCCAUCAGCCUAUGUUCCUGGAUUACUAUGCCGCUAUCUACGUCGAAUAUGAUAUUCGCCGCCAUUUACCCGAUACCCUGUCCAAACGUUAUUGACUUCGUGUGCGCAUUUAUCGCCGGCUUCAACAUCUAUAUGUACGUUUUCGGUGUGAUCAAAUCAUUUUCGCUCUACCGCUUCGGGCUGAUCAAGUUUCUCGCGUGCGUGCUCGGUGCUCUCUGCACAAUUCCCAUCAACGUUGUGAUCGAGAAUGUGGCCGUUAUCUGGGGCCUGGUAGGGAAGAAAAACAAAUUCUACGUCGUGCAAAAGGACGUACGAGCACUUGUCACAGUUUAGACAAUUUUCAUCAACGUAUGGGAUCUACAUACAAGCACCUGAAAAAAGGCAGCAACCUAUGUAGGAUUCACCUGAAGAAGCCGUAGUGUCAGUCAGAAGGGGUUUUAGGAUAUGAUAGAUUAAAGUAUUUUGCCGUGCUAAACCUGUUCGAAUCCUGAGCGGUUUACGUUCAAUUUGAAUUUGUCUAAUGACUGUCACGACACAUCGGCCACAACGACAUGCAUUAUGGCUUAUGUGUGCGUUGCAGAUCUAUAGGCAGCAAGGUAAAUGGUUGGCAUUAAAGAAAAAAACAACACCUUUUGCUAUAUUUAGGAAAUCCAUCUGCAUGCAUCAUGCAUCUAAUAAUUAUUAAAUCACAAGUAUAACGAAAUGAAGUCAGAUAAAUCAUUUGAUCCGGAUCAAUAAUUUAGAAAGCGUAUCACUUCUUCGUAAAUAACGGAAAGAUAAUGAAUUACAUUAGUGGAGAAAAUGAUACUCAAACAAAUUAGGGCAUGUGGCUUCUGGGUAUCGGAAUCAGGAAGCUUCAUGCAUUAUUUCGACACGUACAUAAAUUACACAAUAACACAACAAAAGAUAAAAAAAUACAAGCAAAGAUAUAUGAUUCUCCUUCCUAUUAUUAUCAUCAUGAUCCUCAUCACUACCUCCUUCCUAUCUCGUGCAAGUGGAAUCAUUUAGGCAAUGCUCACAAUGAGACAGGAGUUGUUUUGCAGAUCAAUUGAUAUUACAAGACAUUACGCUUUUUUGUAGAGAAAGUGAUACGUGGUAGAGAAAAAAUGCACUUAUUUUUCUCUAUAGUUAUCUUGCUCUACUUAUAUCUAGUCUAUUUAUUCUAAAAACAUUUGAUAAAACUGUACCGAUAUAUUAUCGGAUAUCCGAUCAUCACUGGAUCUUUCUGCACGUUCGUUGAACGUUUGUUUUUCUUAAUGUUUGAUUUAGUUUCUCUAUUUAGUAGAGACAAACGCAGGCUAGUAACGAUGGUAAUUCUACACCAAAAAUAAUGUCCCUAUAGCCAUCUUUUUGAUCACAUUUUUUCUUCAAAUAUGCUGUCGGAUGGGACCAAUUUCACAUAUUUUACUUCUAUGGGCCUCUCCGAACUUUAUCUUGAAGACAUUUCCUCCUCUCUUUCAUUUUAUUUAUAUGGCUUUUUUAUCUGGUAGGUUUUAUUGUAGAUUUGCAAGCGAACUGAUAUGAUUUCAUAACACCAUCAAAUUCGACAGACGUAACCUCUUUUCUAUUCAAAUUUUGGUUUUAAAUAGAAUCUCGGUUCGUUCGUUUCCGCACUGCUAAUUUGCAUAUUUGCAAAACCUAACCGAUUACUCAUGAGAUCUAAGAGCGGUCACCAAACAAAAUUACAAGAAAUAAAAUGAAUGGAAUGGAUUCUAAAAGAAUUAAAUUUUUUAUAUCAUUCUGUACAGCUCAAUAAAU